UGGAUAUUGCUGGAUUUAUGCACAUGGCCUUGUUCUGCAUUGAGGGUCCUCCUGGUCUUCAGGGUGACAAGGGGGAUCAAGGCGACCAAGGACCGCGGGGAUUGCCUGGUCUCCCUACACUGGCUGCUUUGCACAGCAAUCAGAUCCUGACUGUCAAGGGAGAUCAGGGUUCGGCAGGUCCACCAGGGCCUCCUGGACCCCCAGGUCCCCCUGGCCCCCGAGGGCCACCAGGGGACACAGGCAAGGAUGGGCCCCGGGGAGUGCCAGGUCUGCCGGGAGAUCCUGGGACCCCAGGAGAGCUAGGACUAAUGGGACCUGAGGGGCCACCAGGACAAAAGGGUUCCCUCGGGCCUCCUGGCAUCCCAGGUGUUGAUGGGCUGAAGGGUGAAAUGGGAGAGCGAGGUGAAAAGGGUGACAUGGGAGAAGAUGGGCAAAAAGGUGAAGUCGGGGAGAAGGGUGAUGCAGGCUCCUCUGCUGCAGGCAUUAAGGGUGAACCAGGAGAGUCAGGACGUGGGGGAUCAAAGGGAGAGCCAGGACUUCCAGGGCUGCCUGGACUUCCCGGGAUUAAGGGUGAGCCUGGAUUCCUAGGACCUCAGGGAGAACCAGGGCUCCCAGGACUACCGGGAACCAAGGGCGAGCGAGGGGAACUUGGCCCACCAGGCAAGGGAGAGCGGGGCGAGCCUGGACAGGCCGGUCAAAAGGGGGGGCCAGGAGAGGCAGGGAACCCAGGCCCUAGAGGUUCAAAGGGAGAGACAGGAGACAAGGGAGACCUGGGCUCUAUGGGACCAUGGGGACCCCCUGGGCAGAAAGGUGACCAAGGAGCCACUGAAAUCAUUGAUUACAACGGGAACAUCCAAGAAGCUUUACAGAAGAUUACCACUAUUACAGUGACGGGUCCCCCUGGGCCUCCUGGACUAUCAGGACCAGCGGGAAUCAAGGGAGAUCAAGGCAUGCCUGGCCUCCCUGGACUGGACGGUGAAAGGGGUUUCAAAGGUUCCAAAGGAGACAUGGGAAUCCCUGGCACAUCUGGAGAUAAAGGAACUGUUGGUUUACCUGGUUUACCAGGUGUCAAUGGAUUGAAAGGAGAUAAGGGUGAUUCUGGUCUGCCUGGCCCCGAAGGGCCCUCAAUUAUUGGCCAACCUGGAGCACCUGGGCCCCAUGGCCCCCCAGGCCCCAUGGGACCCCAUGGCUUUCCUGGACCAAAGGGGGAGGCUGGGAAUCAUGGUCUGAAGGGAGUACGCGGGGAGUCAGGGCACAAGGGAGACAGAGGACCCCUGGGCCUCCCCGGAGCCUCCGGCUUGGACAGCAAGCCUGGAAUUAGGGGUAUGGACGGGCCUGUUGGUUCCUCCGGUCCAGCCGGGCCAAAGGGGGACAGAGGUGAGAGAGGAGCUGCAGGUGAACUCGGGCCAAGGGGACCUUAUGGACUUCCUGGAGCGGCUGGAACACCUGGCCUUGAUGGGUUGCCAGGCUUAAGGGGAGAGAAAGGCGACCCGGGGGAAAGAGGAGAAAAGGGGGAGAAGGGAAAGAAGGGCAAAAAAGGGCCUAAGGGGGAGAAAGGAGAACAGGGUGCCCCUGGAUUAGAUGCACCCUGCCCAUUGGGCCCAGACGGACUACCAAUGCCUGGUUGUUGGCAAAAGUGAUCAAUCUAACCCGAAAGCAUGGUUUGUAAAAAAAAAAAAGUAAAAAAAUGUUGUUGGGGUAUUUAUAAUUAUUUUUAAUGGAAAAUAUAAAAUAAAGAAAUCUAUGUGUACAAUGAAAAAGAGCAAAGGUCCAUCACUCCUAGCUGCUUCUACUCACCUCGCUCUGUGUCACUCUCACAUCCGCAUCUUGGAGUCCAGAUCUUUGGCAAUCGGCAGAACUUGCACACACACAAUGAUGUUUAGUCCCAGUCCUUGCAUGACCAGAGUGCUCGGGCACAGAUUGGAACGUCAUGGCUAAUUCGGAUUCAAGGGGAGUAAGGAGGUUGUGACCACAGAGGAUGAGGAGAAGGAAGCGUUGGAGGGAUCUGAACUGGCUCUUAACAGCUCUAGCUCUCGCAUUCACCAUCCAUUAAUGCCAUACUACUAGCUUAAAAGAUUCCAUCCCAAAAAAACACCCUCCACACACCCCAAAAUGCAUGAUGACUGUCCUAAACUAUAUUUAUAUGUAUUAAUAUACAUAUUUCAUUGAUGUGGUCGAAUUGUAUGGCUUCAGCAAAACACUAUCUGGCUGUCAAUCUUACCUACUCAAAAGCUCAACAUUUUUGGUUUUAUUUGUUCCUUUUUCUUUUAAUGUUCCAAAGGGAGUCACGCCUUGGCUGGUGGCUUGAAAAGAAUUGUUCCCCAAGAAGUAAAGUUGGGUUGAUUUUCUUUAUUGUGGUGAGAUCUGCAAUGGGUCAAUAGAUGCAGGUCUUCACAGAUGCACUUGUCUUGAGUCCCAGGGCCCUUUCCCUGUCAACGGCCACUUGUUAUUGAACUUGGAGAAGAGAAUUAGAGCUCAAUGCACUGUGCACAGCCAAUCGGAAAUGAGCUAGGCUGACAAGGACUUCGGAUUGAACAGACUAGUUUGGGAUCCCUUGGAGUAGGGGAGACAGUGGGCCUCGGCAGAGAGAUUACAAUCAUCUCUCCUGCCAAUCAAGGAGUGCCUGCCUGUAACAAUGUUACAGUCACAACACUACAAGGUCAAGAGGGUCAAUGGAAUUCUGCCUUUUUAGUUGAAGUUUGUUUUUCUACUUACUUUAAAAAAAAGUUUUAUGUAUAAUAGCCUUUGGUGCCUCAAGCUUUUGUUCAUUCCUUUCCUUUUUAACCUGCUUUGAGUAAUUGGAAUGGUGUUUAUUGCGGAAUGGCAUCCUCUUGUAAAUUGUUGAAGUAUAAAAGCACCUAUUUUGCGCACUGUUAGUAAGUAUUAAACGUUGAUAUUACUGGGUGUUAAUAAUAUGGCAUGUACAUUAUGUAUUCAAAUGAACAUAAGCUUCUGUGUAACAGAAAGGGAAUUUCAGUUGGUAGCAACGAUGAUUACACAGCAUCAGCUUUUACACUGAUUUGCAAACACCAAGUUUUAUAAUAUUAUAAUAACACUUGUUCAUUGCUGGCCAUUAAGUGGAAAAUACAGUCGGUGAGUUACAAUGUGCUUCACUGCAAGUUUAUUGUAUCUUUACAUUUAAAUGCAGUGUUUAUUUUCAGCAAUAUGUGUGCAACAAUAAGAUUUUUGAACAUUAUGACCUGGUAAUUCAGUAUGGUACAUUUGCAGGUAAAAAUGCCUUUCGGAAAAAUGUAUCAUUUUUUUACUAGAUAAUUAUUGUUUUUUCCAAAUGUCAAACGGCAGUUUGCCUCAACUGGAUCAUGUCUCCACCACAUGCAGCAUUCUUCCUUUUCUCUCUCUCUCUAUAUAUAUAUUUUUUUUUUUACACAAUGUAAAUGGUGUAUUACAUGGACAGGCUCAAUAGGUAACACAUUUCAUUUCAGUUGAAUGGCCCUGCUUCCAUUUGUAACCCAUAAUUGUAUUCAUUGCCAUUUACAUCACAUUCCAUAGCAAUUUGGAAAGAAAAUUUGGAACAGUUAUUGUAUGAUUAGGAAUCAAUUAGUACAAUAUGUGCCGGUUUCCCAGACACAGAUUAAGCCUACUCCUGGACUAAAAAAGCAUUUUCGAUGGAGAAUCUCUAUUGAGCAUACUUUUUAGUCCAGGACUAGGCUUAAUCUGUGUCCGGCAAACUGACCCUCUAGCCCCAUUUAUACCUGGUUCUAACUUGCGUCCUUUGUCCUGAUCUUGUCCACAUUCUGAUUGUGCCCACAUUUUUUAAUAGGUGUAGACAAUCAAAAUCGUGAUCCAUUGUGAUCAGAUCAUCCUGCCAACCUCUGGAGGCAUUGUGUCUGGAUAUCUUACAAGUGUAGACAGAUCUGUAGAGAGAGACCAUUUAAAUUGUACAUUUUCCUGUAAAAUCAUUGACCGGUGGCACCAUUGAUUGAUUACAUCAAUUUGUGUCUUACAAUAAAUAAAUACAUAUUAUUUUUAAAGAAUAACUGUGAAACAAUUUUCAUAAAGGAAGGGGCCAGGAAAUCUGGUCACAAUGCAGGCACAGUGGACGGAUAACAGACACAUUUUAAUACAAUGUGUAGACACAUUUCUGGAAAUGUGGGCACAAUCAGAAUGUAGACAAGAUAAAUGGGGCUCAUAUGUAAUAUCGGCACAUGUCCACUCUAUAAAAGUUAUAUUUUUGUUGUUUUUGUGACAAGUUUGACCACUCCACCCCAACUGUACAGGGUUAUCAGCUAUGUCACAAAGUAAAUAGUAUGCGAGUGAGCAGUAGGUCAUCUGUUACAGUGUGGUGUCAUUAUGGUGCUAUCAUCUUGUUAGAAAAAUCUCUAAAGAGUAUUACCUAUCCAUGACAACCAUAAGACAACAGAGGUUUCUUUAAAAAAUGUCAUGUAACAGUUUAAAACAUUUUGUGCAUAUACUUUUUAUAUUUGUCUCACUAUUUUAAGUGUUACAUUAUUUAUUUUUGUAUUUUUCUUAAAGAAGGCAUUUUGGUUUUUAACAGGCAUUCCUUAUAAAAUGGGGGUAGCUUUUGAAGGUCCUGAUACCGUUUUUUUCAGCUUUUGUCUAUUAUAGUGGUGCAUUGUCAUUGAGAUGUCACACAAGUACUUUAGAUGUGAAGGAAGUAUGUUGUCAUUAUCAUCAAAUUGAUGUAUUGGUCAGGUAUUUACAAUGCUAGCUCACUCCCAAUUUUGCAGGCCUUACCUUGGCAUGCAAUUGUAUUCAUAAAACAAGAAAGUGUUGAUGGGCUUGGCUAAAAUGUUGUCUGUCCCUGACAAGCAGUAUAAAUAUGAUAAUAUUGUUCUUUCUCUAUUUCUCUCUUUGCAUUGAAUGUAGUUUGAAUGUAGUAUGUAUAGUGAAUUAUAAAUGUGGAGUUUAAUAUCUGCUUAUUUGACAAAAGUGCAAUUUAUACUUUGGUUGAUAUGUGCAGCAUCAGAAUGCAGAUUAAAACAGUUACAGACAUUUAUUAUCAGGACAAUAUGUUAGUCAAUUUGUUUCACAUGAAAAGUACCACUUCACUGGCUUAGAAAAAAACACAAAUGUUUUGAUUGACAAGUUACAUUUUUAGUUACAAACUUGUAAAUAUAUACUUUCUUGUUAUCCAUAUUUUUAAGGCUUGAUUUGAAUUGAUUUAUUGUAGCCUCAAUUGCUGUCCACAAAUAAUUUUCUCUUAAGUUAGUAGCGUGAUAGAAAACAUAAUUUGUCUAUGAUUUGGUCUGUCUUUUAUUUAGAACCUUCGUAAGAUUUUGUACUACGAUGGUGCUGUGUCUUCAGUUACCGUACAGCUGAUUCUUCUUUGUAAUCUUUGUUCAAUUAUAUAUUAUGAAGUUACACACAUUUAAAGGCUGGUAGUGGAUGGUCCCCACAUAGUUGAUACACACUUCUUUAACCCACCAAGUACCAGGCACCCACUUUUCAACACCACUUUUUUAUUUAUUUAGUGGCAAAUUUACCAGAGCCCUUUUUUCUGACAUAUAUACUGACAUUUCUUUUAACAUCCUCCUUACACUAUAGCCUAUUUCCCUCAGUGCAGUAAUGCAACCUAAUAGAAGCUGAAAAAGUAAAGAUAUAACUUCAAUUGAACAUAGUCUAAGUAUUCUAAAACGUAAAUGCAAUAGCUAAGUCCAUCUCACAGCUUUUGAAUAACUUACAUUUAAUUUCUGUUAUGUUUUUUUUCCUAUUCUGCAUUUGUAUCACUCAUUUUUUACAAGUUUGUAAAUGAAUACAAUUUGCUUUCAGAUUAUGGAUACUUCUGCACGCAUUAUUUCAAAACCAUUUCAUAUGACUGUACUGUUGGAGCCAAAUAAAUGCAGUCUUUCAAAUAA